AAAGAAACAAGUCUAAUAGGUCGAAAUCCACAAUUGUGCAUACCACAGGUUCUGUUCCAAUGGAAAAGUACAGAAAAGAUGAGCUUGAUCGAACUGGAAUUGAACCGAGUCCAAUUGAUUGUUUCAAAAAGUUCCAUGUAAGUAAGCCUAAGAAUGGAGGAGAAGAAAGUUGGCCAAGUGAAAAGGCUAAAGAACUUUUUGAAAAAAUGGAGAAUAAAAAGGUUGCUGCAACGGAAGACGAGAAUGAAGUAGAUGAUUGGGAUAUAUACAAGGAGGUUAUUGGUGGGCCAAGUCACGGUCGUAUCCUUGGCUUAGGUGGUGGCUAUAGUACAAAAGAUGUGUAUCCCUCAGAUGACCAAGAUUGUAAUAAACGUAUAUGCUUAGAACGUGAAGAAGAGCAUGAGAAAUUAAAGGAGGAAGUGAAGGACUUGAAAAGUGUGUUGUAUGAAUUGAAAGAUGUAGUUCAAAGUAUGAGGGAAAACAACUCAAAUACUUAUGCACGCUCAAGACAAUCUGCUCCAAUGGACAAUGUAGAAAGUUGUUCAGAUGCUCACCUUGAAGACGAGUAG